AUGGCUCAAACGUACUUGUUUGUCAGUCCGAACAGUAAUUUGGAUGAGGAUAUUACUGCCAUAUGUGCAGGGCUAAACAGUACGUGCAAUCUCAAUUUGAAAGUGAUGAAAAAUAGGAUGUACAUACACAGCCCAGAAGAUUAUCCAAACUUUGUUGAACCAUUCUAUGCACUCAGAAAAUCUGGCUUCGUUUCCCACUUCAUGUUGCAGAUUACGGAAACAGUAAACCAACCCGAGGUAAAGGAUGAACCGAUUGAUAAACGGAAAUGUAGAUUCCCCGAGGAAAGACUCUCGCCUGCGCUGGCGUACAGCUUUUCGCAGUGCUUUCUCUACAAUCGUAUAAAUUUAGAGUUGAAGUUGUGCAAUUGUACCAUUCCAACUUCGCCCAAAGAAUAUGAAAAGUUUUACUGCGAUUUAAAAGGACUGCUGUGCAUUAACAAGGUAAACGUAAAGCAGUUAACUAAACACGUGCACACCGUACACAAAGAUCUUUCAUGCAUGCAAGCGUGCGAAUCGCUGGAAACGCACGUGAUUGGUGAAACUUAUAACCCUACCAACGUAAGUUCCGAAGCUGGAAAAGUGAUCCUGGAAGUGUUGAAUGUACCAAUUUUCCGCUACCAAAGGCGAGUGAUUAGAAAUAAACUAGAUUUUGUUGUUUCUUUAGGUGGCAUAGGUGGUUUGUUCUUUGGGGUCUCAUUGAUAAGCAUCAUUGAGCUGGUGUACAACAUGUUCUUCAAGCCGUACCAUCUUAAAGUGAAGUUUACUACAAACUAA